ACCCCGCGCGCGCCGCGAGUCAUGGCGGCCGCGGCGGCGACAUCGACAGCGGCGGCGGCUCCCGCGCUCGGCGGCGCCGCGUUGCUCCAUCGCAGCGUGGAGCGCGCCCUGGAGGACGCCUGCCUCUCCGGGGUGCUCAACCUGAGCGGCAGGAAGCUCAAGGACUUCCCCAGGAGCACCGCCAGCUUCGAUCUCUCCGACGUGACGGAGGCGGACCUCUCCCGGAACCGGCUGAGCGAGGUUCCGCUGGACGUCUGUCACUACGUCUCCAUGGAAACGCUCUACCUGUACCACAACUGCAUCAAGUCGAUCCCGGAUCCCCUUGGAAACCUGCAGGUGCUCACCUAUCUCAACCUCAGCCGCAACCAGCUGGGCUCACUGCCCGUCCACGUGUGCAAGCUGCCCAUGCUCAAGGUCCUGGUGCUGAGCAACAACAAGAUUGGUACCUUGCCACCCAACAUCGGACAGCUGUGCAGCCUGCUGGAGCUGGACGUGAGCUGCAACGAGUUGGAGGUCCUGCCGCCCGAGAUGGGGUCGCUCGUCCUCCUGCGAGAGCUGAACGUGCGGCGCAACCGGCUCACCUGCUUGCCGGACGAGCUGUCACGGCUGCCCCUCGUCUCGCUGGACUUUGCGUGCAACCGCGUGACGGAGAUCCCGCUGUGCUACCGCCGGCUGCGCGGCCUGCAGGUCAUCCAGCUGGACAACAACCCGCUGCGUCUGCCCCCCGCCCAGGUGUGCGUCAAGGGCAAGGUGCACAUCAUGAAGUUCCUGACGGUGGAGGCGUGCCGCAUCGAGGGCCGCUACGAGCCCUUCGAGACGCCCGAGCAGCUCAAACGCCCCAUCCCCAAGCGUUUCGUGGACAGCUGCGUGGAGGAUUCUGUCCGCGAGCGUAGCUGGAGACCAGACUCGGGCAUCGUGAGCGACAGCGGCGACAAGAGGUUUGAGACCGAGGAGGAGCCGUGUGCGGAGUCGCCGAAGAAGUCGGCCACCUCCGAUCCGGCGCCGGCAUCGCCGCCCCUCCCCUACUCCUCCUCAGUGGUGGAGGAGGAGGAGGAGAAGCAGCCGCCCCUGGUGAACGGUUCGGCUCCCGGCGCGCGCCACGAACACGACCGCGCGGCAAGCGAUCGCGAGGCCGCCGGGGUGCCCGUCAAGGAGCCGCCGUCCGCCGCUCUCCCAGGCCACGUCGUGGGCAGGACGGAGGCCACGUCGAACUCGCGCGAGCCGCCCGCCAUGGAGCCCCACCGGAGUGGUGCUGUGCAGUGGGAAGGGGCGUCGAGCGGAGAGCAGGGCAGCGCCGACGCGCACAGGAAACUCGCGAAGAUGGACUCCAUCCCCGAGGGGGAGCCGCAGGCCGGCGGGGACAACGGAGGAGACCGCGCAAGUCCAUCGUCUCAGCACGCCAUGGCGGCCGGACAGGGAGGGGCGUACAGCAGCGCCGCGGCAAGCAAUGGUCCUUCAGGAGCACGAGCCUCCUCAUCCUCACCACCAGCACAGGAGCGUGCGGCAAGUCACAGUGGCGACUGGCAUCCGUUUGGCCUCAAGCCUCGCUCAGCCGCUGCGCCACUGCCCGCUAGCGCACCGCCACAGCCACCAGCAGCGCCAUGCCCCGCCGUUGCAGCCGCCGCCGCACGCGUGAACGGCCACGGAAACCCGCGGCGCCCCCCCCCGGCACAGAGGCCGCAGAACGGCGCCGAUGGGGGAGCCCCCCGUCCGGCCCCCGCCACCCCGACCGGCGACUCUCAGGCGUUCAGCCUGCAAAAGGGCCGGCUGCAUCCGCUGUUACCGGAGAACCCCAACUUCACUGUGCGGAGGAAGAUGGAGCAGAUGAAAGAGGAGAUCAAACUCAUCGAGCAGCUGAGGGAGAACAUCGAGUCGCGGCUGAACCGAUGCCUCCCCCUCGACAUGGGCUCGGCGCUCAUGGACGGGGUGAUGCUGUGCAACCUCGCCAAUCACGUCCGCCCACGCUCCGUGCCCAUCAUCUACGAGCCGUCCCCCGCCGUGCCGCAACUCUCGAUGACUAAGUGCAGAAAAAACGUGGAGAGUUUCCUGAACGCCUGUAAAAGGAUUGGCGUUCCCAAGUCGGCGCUGUGCUCGCCGUACGAGGUGACGCAGGGGAACCUGUCGGCCAUACACGUGACCGUGUCGGCGCUGCUCGAGCAGGCCGAGCCGCGGCCGCUGGGCGCCGACGCUGACGCAGCCCUCGUGGCCAUCCCUCUGAUGGGCCGCCGGCCCGUGCACGAGCUUGUCGGCUUCUGUCUCUUCUACCUCCUCGCCAUGCUGAUGCUGCUCUACGCGCUGCACGGGGUCUCCCUGUUCUAGCGCCGAUACGUCCGCUCGCGCGCCGUCGGGGGUGCUUGCUGCGGUCGGAGGUCCCCCCGUGCCCCCCGCUCUCGAAGGCCCCACGAGAGGCAGGUCCAGGGCCCUCGUCACGACGGAGACGACCCCCGACUGCUGCCCCUGGAGGAGGCCGCGGGCAGGCAAUCGGCGCGCCGGCAUAUACGCGCAGUCGUCAAUGACACGCUCCGUUGCAGCCCCGUGACUCUGCCGCUUUGGCGAACGCUCGCGCGUGAUCGGCUGCGCUCGCCGCCACCACCCCCCCCCCCCCCCAACUCGAUGUUUCAGCUGCGUCACCGGCUCCAGCCGUGCGGGCUGGGUCGGUUCGUCGCGUUCGCACCCCCCAAGGCUUUUCACCCUCCCGUCAUUGUGCUGCACAUCUCUGUGUCCGCUGUCCUCUUCCUCCUCGUCCAUUCAUCCUCCUCCUCCUCUACUUGUUGGUCGUCUUCUGCCAAAGUUUUCUAAACGCAUCGCGCAAUAAAUGAUGCCCAUAUUUAUUUAUAGACAAGCAUGGUGUACAUGUUAUAAAGUGCUUUGUGUAAUUUCCCAUCACCGUAAACAUCGUAUUUAAUAUCGUGUACAGUAAUGUUUCCCUCCCCCCCCACCCCUUUCACUUUAUUCCAUUCAAGUUGUAUUGUUGUUUUUGUUACAUUAUUUAUAGUUAAAUAUAAUCGUAUGCCAAGCAUGCAUUAUAUACGCCACUCUGUUCUGCUUUUGUACAGUGACUCACCGUUUUGUUUCGGCUUCACAGUCUUUAUUUAAAGUUAACACACUACUAAUUUCACUUUGGCGUGACACAUCCUGUCUGACUUUGGGUUACCAUCAUCUCCCCCUCCCCAUGUCCACUCCCGUGCCCGCUGUCCUCCAAGCAUCCUCGUGUUGCUCCCCGUGUCGUUCUCCCACGUGUCCCCACGUGCCGCAUCUCUUCCCGUUUCCGCCCUCCGCACCAACCCCCCUUUCCGCGUACCUCCUUAGUGAAGCGGCUGACACCCCUUAGUCCUCCUGUUUCCCCGCUGUCCGCCCGUCGUUGCGUGCACACAGCCAUUCCAAGCUUUGCACUUAGCAUUUACGAUUAAUCAAAAAACAAUGACGAGGACUCGCAAAGCAGAGCAAAGAGACAAAAUGAGCGAAAGCUGACCCGACUUUCGCCGAAAAGCAGACGCUUCUCCUACGUGGCUGCCCCACGUGGUGGGGAGAAAGGGGGAGGGGGGGGUGCUUUCACAUUCUCCCUCUCGCUCUGCUUUUGGCGGACGUUCACAACGGCUACGGCGGACGAGACGUCGUGUUCACGGCCGGAGCGGUGCCUUCCUCGCCGCCUGCUGCCGCCUCUCACCCCCUUGCCCGUUUGUCUCCACGCGGUCGACCUCCGUUAGGACACAGAGCCCAACUUUUGACGUCUUGCGUGCUGUACGUGCGUGGAACUUCUUUCGCACCGUACGUAGCCGGCCGCGCUAAUCGGAGGUGCGGGGUGGGGGGGGGGGAAGGACAACAAACUGAACACAAAAAGCAGUUCUGAAGAAAUUCGUUUUCAGGCGAGAUUUAAAAGUGAUGGUCCGUUGUGUUUUUCUUAAUUCACUAAAGGCUCGCCCGUGCCUACUUAAAUGUUAGCUCUCGCACGAGUUAUUGUUUCUUCUUUAAAAGCACUACUACAGUAGAAUUCUGCAGCCAUAGUUGUGAAACGAUCUCAGUGGAACUCCGCCAUGCCUCUCCUUGUUGCCAAAAAAAACCUCGCACGCUCCCGCAGUGGCUUCCUUCCACGACCACUCGCCCACUUUUCACGGGCUUUAACCUCGGGGGAGGUCAAAGCCUGAGAGCGCGGAUCUCUCCAUCGAACGCCGCUCUCACCGGGCCGUACUUUCUCCCCGGUGUUACCUCCAUUCAGCGCUUUCCUGGAAAAGUUGGACCGCGCGUCAAGCUAGGGAACGCUCGCCGCUCACGGCCACAGCGGCUUGCAGCGGCGGCGGCGCGUUCAUGAAGUCGUGCCCCCUGGGAAAAUUUGGGGGACUUGGUUAACGCCGCACAACUCGUCGCACGGUUUCUCCUCUCCGUACGAGAGACCGAGUAGCAAGUCCUGGGUUGUGCGAGACUCGGCGUAGGCGACCUUGGCCAAGUGCCGGUUACAGGUUGGCUUCGGAGCGGUUCUGCUAACUUUAAAUGCUUUGGUUGUCGGGAGUAAAAAAAAAACCGCUAAGAGUGGCCGAGUGGUCGGUGUGGAAGCGGCCGUGCACGAGGCGUCACUACAAGCGCCUGUUCUUGCUGCUGUGGCCCUCGGCGGUUGGCUGAUCCGCUCUUUCUAUAUGCAACGUGCUCCUCUUCGCACCUUAACGCGGAUAUGAAUGUAGGGCACCUUAAAGAGGCCCUCUCUUGAUGUCCACCGUGCAAUCGACAUACAUUUUCCCAACGGAGGGGUGUGGGGGGGGUUUGGGCUAAGGUUUCCCGACCACUUGUGAAGAUGGGAUAUUGCUCGCGAUGUAACGCAGCGUGACGCUGGUGUGUGGUCGGCUGUCGGUGCGACGGGAGCCGUCGAUGCAUUGCCCCCCCCCCCCCCCGAGUCCUGACUGAGCCGGUGUCCGUUGUUUUGAACCCAGAAACCCUUUGUGCAGAGAUAAAAAGUGGGAAGUGUUGCAAUGUCAGCGAAAUACAAUCGCGUGCGGCGCAGCGGAGAGCGAUCCAGCCGCGUCGACGCUCUGAGAUCGCUUUCACGCUUGCGCCCUGAAAAUGAUGCCUUUUCCUGCUCCACUGCUUGAGUGUUGCUUUGCUUUGGUACGCUUGAGACCAGCGACUAACAGAACGGAGAGGGACCUGCGUUUUAAAAAGAUCACCUUCCACCGCCCCCGACGGACGGCCCCCAUGGUGGUGCUGCCCUAUCCGCAGAGCCGAAUUGCGGUGGCUUCGGAGCUGACCCUGCCGAGAGCACGCGGCCGUUUGUACGUAUGUGUGUAUGUUGAACUUCUUUCGCACCGUACGUAGCCCACCGUGCUCAUAGGAGCUGCGGGGGAAAAGGACAAUAAACUAAGCACAAUAUGCAGUUCUAAAGAAUUAAGUUAUCGAUCUAGACGAUUUAAAAGUGCAUCGAUCCAGUGGCUUUCUAAUAUCGGAAGGAAGAGCGUUCCAGACGGCCGGAGAAGCGCAGCUGAAAGCGCGCGAUUGCGGUGCCCGUCUUUGUUCGAUAGUCAAAAGCCGUAAAUAUAGCCCCUCUGACCCCUUGCGACCCCUUGCGAUCGCUGCACUGGCACCCACAGUGGCGCAUGGUUCGCUGUGAUCGCCCCGGUGUGUUGUACAUCUACAGCGCUCCAUGGGUCCACUGCGACACCACGCGGCCUUUAAAACACAGGUCGCUCCUAGCGCCCGCUGCGCUUUGUCCGAUCGCAUGCCUCGGCCAAACUAACCUCCGGUGUGCGUGCACGCUCUGGUACAAGUGCAGUAAUAUUUCUCCCCGAUGUUUUUGGUUCAUUCUAAUUGUCAUUUACUAUAAAUAGUGCAAACAAGGUUCCACUGGCCCGGGGGGAAUUAUGCUCCGAAAUUGGCGAUUCGAUGCGUUUGUUUUACUGGGAAAAGCAUUCGAAGGGCGCGCUGAAGCACAUCGCUUUCGUUGCCUUGCGCACGCGGCCUUCGACGCCCGCGCGUCAACAAAAAAGACCGCGUGCGUUGCCGCCGUGCGAACACCGAAACCGAGAAGUGAACAACAACAACAGAGUGAAAAGUCCGUUGCGGUAAAAAAAAAACGCCAACCAGACCCUCACCUUGCCCCGAACUCAAAUCAAACCAGCCCACCAAAUUCUAGCCCUUCUAUAACCAAUAUCCGUAACUCCAUCUUUGGCACAACGUUUUGUUCACUUUCGAUGUAGGGUAUUACCACGAGCGUAAUUCCACCCGUGGAGCCACCUGUUUGCCGGUCGCCGUGAUUAAAAGCAUGUUCCUCACUCGUUAACAUGGCCCCGUGUCCGUGACGCCCCCCUCCUCCCGAUCCCUCCCUGCAUGCGACCGUCCCUCCAUCACGGCCAGGAGCGCCUCUGCCUGCCGCAUGACAUUCUGGAAGAGAAGGGCCUGGCCAAGGUGGGCCUCACGGUGCAGACCCUGCUGGAGAUGGCCCACGCUCGCUAGCUCCCCCACGCCCCCUCCCCCCCGGUGAUCGGGCAAAGCGGUGGCCAAACUCCAGCAGAGGAGAGGUCCUCCCGUGGGUCCGCCCGUGCGAUCCUCACCUCGUGGUGUGAAGGCACGAGAGAAGGGCCGUCGGCCAAGACGAUGGGCGGCUUUCUCGGCCGUGAUCUUCCCCGUGCCUGCGGUGUUUACCUGUCACCCCAUUCUCUGCACGAGUCGCCUUGUUUCCAUCGUCUUGUCUGGACCCUCUUGCCCCCCCUGCCCCCUCCCAUCGCUUGUCUCUGGAGUCUUUCCCUGCCGGUGCCCUCCUCCCCGCGCCCGGCUUCUUGAACCCACGAAGCGGCCUCGAACAACACGCGCGUCACUUUCCUCUUGAGCGCCCGUGUCAUGUCACGCCACAGAUUCCGUCGGUUGAUUUCACACUUGGCAGGCACGAGCAGUUAUUUCCGUGUGCAUUAUUUGAAUCAAAACUGCUCCUGCAUAUGCUUCGCACCCAAGGCGGGAUUGUUGUUGCAAGGACGCGUGCUCGUGGAUUAAGGAAAACACGCGUGCGUGUGGAUUUGUGUGUGGUUUGUGUACCUAGCAGCAGUCAGUCGGAGCGGUAAAUGUGUCCGCUAUGCAAGUAUGCCGAACUUUGUGUGCGCUGUUCACAACGGUCUUCAUGUCACGUAUUUAACCGUCAUUUCAAACAUUCCACCUCCUCGCUCGACUUCCCUUUUCAUGAACACAUUUUCCAUCUCCAUCCCAACUCGAGCUGAACCUUAUCCAUAAGAUGUAACAACGAGUCUGACAGUGUGUCUAUUGCUUAUUUUGUAUGUAUCGCUGUGCUCACGUUAAGAGCAAAUCUGUAAGUGAUAAGUAAUGCAGAUCUUGUAUCAGAUGUUAGUGCUCAAGUUUUUUUUAAUAUAAACCCAAUCGAGAAGUGUUCCUCCCCCCUCCUUAAAGCACACACGUGGUUAAAAAGAAGCAUUUACCUCCGCAUGCCAAGUCGAGGCGCGAAUUACACUGGUCAACACACUUUUUCUGGCAUAAGGUAUUCCAACUGUUUUAAGAUCGUUUUGGGGUGCUGAUUCCAAAUCUGGCAUCAGUUUUUGUCUAUCACAUCAGGUUUUUGAGAUAUCAAAUAUUGCAUUUUCAAUCAAAACUGCAGAAGAAAAAUAUUAAAUAAAUGUGGAUAUCUACAUGAAAUUAUAUUAUAAAUACACUAUCCUAAAAAUACAGCACCAUGUUUUAACACUAAAGCAGUCACUGACAUCGCAACAACUUGCAAUCAUAAGUGACAGAGUUAAUUUCGGGUAAAAUCAAUGAAAAUGGGGUAUGAGAUGUGAUAAGAGCAAAUCUGAGAUCAGAUUUGGAAUCAGCACCCUGAAAUUAGUCUAAAACAGCUGCAAAAGUCCAGGCCAGAAAAAAAUGUUAUUUUUUUGUUGACCAGUGUUAUCAACUCUCAUGGCACAAAACACAAAAAGCCCAACUGUGUGAAAGGCGUCUGCAGGAACCGAGUGGAGGGAACUUUUGGUGUAAACUUUGGGAUCUUUUUUCCCCAUCGCAGAGAUAAUCGUCUCCCUUGGGGGGAAAUCUGUCGUUCUUUCGGUUUUCGUCAAUCGACAGUAACGAUAUCAGCACGUCCUGUUUCCGAGUUCAUUUUUUUUGUUUGUGCGUGACAGUGGCUGGUUUUGAAACGUUUUGUUUUCAAUGUAUUUCCAACGGAUUGACUCAACCUAAUGUGUUGACUCGAAACCGCCAACAAACACCAAAGAGUUGGUGUUCGCGCAUACAGCCACGGCGAAAUGCGCUUUUGUUGGGCGGUGCAGAUGUCCACUUGGGCCAAUAAGACACCAUCAGUGUGAGUGUGAGGGCCGCGAAACCAUUGGGAGGGGGGAGGGGGGUUUAACAGCACGAUGUGUUUUCACAUCCGUGCGUUGUCGGGAAGGCCACUAGUUAUGCACAAUUAUCGACCUGCAGUUGCUUUUAAUUCCACGGAAUUUACCGUACACCGAGUAGCGGAAUUCCAAAUGAUGGAAAAUUACGUUCGAAAACGUUCAUACCACGUUUGUGAACAUCGUUUUGUUUUAUGAGCAAAAAAGACGGCUUACCCACUUCAGCACAACUUUAAAUGUUUAGCAGGUGGCUCACCUUGUGGGCCCAGAGUCCUCUACUCUGUUGAACAUUAGUGUUCAGUGACAAGAUCAUGAGUGCAUGGCUCUGGUUAAGAGAUACAUUUUUAAAAUAUAUAUAAUAACGGAAGGUGUUAAAAGGUAUUCCCCCGUGUUAAAGAAACGUUAUUCCCCAACAAUUCCUCCCAAUCGAUAUCAUGCCUUACCCAGUGCAAGUUCCACCAAUGCGACAUUUUGACCAAAGCUUGUCCGUCCGUUCACUUGGGUUUCAUAGCUGUUGGCCGGUGGUUCCCAACCAUUUGGGCCGUGGGCCACGGCAUGCUCGUUUGGUCAAUGCCGUCGGAAGAGUUUCGUGACAUUUCUUGCAGAUUCUACGAUUCGGUCGUUUUAAUGGAAAAGGGUACGUUAUUGGGGCGCAAAAUAAGUUGGUCCAGAGAGAUUUGGAAUCACCUGCCCAUAGAUUGUACCACACAAUGUGUUCCGUUCUGUGUGUGUGUGAAUCGUCUAACCGACAUAAUUCGUUAAAGCAAUUGUCAUCGGAUGCAUUUCUUGCAUUCUUUCCUCCCCCCCCCCCCACCAACUUCUUCAGUGCUUAAUUUGUCGUUAAGCAGUUUCAAAACAAACAAAAAAGUGCCUACAGCAUAUGCAAUGUGUUUCUGGGAGCUUCUAUAGCCCACGCACUGCUGCGCUUGUGGAGCCGUGUCCGUCGGCAGUGCGCGAAGGGCCACGGCGUCGUUAACUCCACGUUUGGGUUUCACCGCGGUCGAUGACCCCCCCACCACCCCCCACAUCUCCCCACCCCCCACGUCCCCCCAUGUCACCAGCCCCCACAUCUCCCCACCCCCCACGUCCCCCCAUGCCCCCCCCCCUUCCCGGCUUUCUCGACUCCUCAAUCCGCCUGCGCUCGACGCUACGCGUUUACAAGUAUACUCGACUCCCGUUAGAAAGUGUUGGAUAAAUUGACCAGGUAUGCUUUCGCCUAUGCGCACGGUGUAUUUUUACGUGUUCCAAAAAAAAACUACAACGUGUGUGGGUCGUGUCGUGUAUAUUUAAGGCAAUUACGCUUAUCAUACGCCGCAUGGGUUAAACACCACGCAAGGAGCACUUAAUGUAUGUGUGUACGUACGUUGAACUUUCUUUCGCACCGUACGUAGCCAACCGUGCUAAGCGGUGGUGCGGGAGGUAAGCACAGCAAAACGUAAAUACUAUCAAAGUAGUUCGAAGAAAACAAGAUUUCCAUCUAGAUGUAAAAGUGUGGAGCUCCCAGUGGAUUCCUACUAUCGGAGGGAAGAGCAUUCCAGACGGCCGCAGUAGCGCGUCUGAAAGCGCGCGAUGCAGUCGGUGACCGUCUUUGUUCGAUGGAUAGCCAAAAAAAAGAUGCUCACGCUGAGACCGUAACUGUGGUGUGGUCACUGCCAAAGCCCAGAGGCUAAAGGGGUCAAUGCCAUCAUCAGCCUCGAAUCAAAACGACGGGUGGCCACAGUGUUCCCACCACCAGCCAAUGCCCACUUGGGAAGUCUGCAUGUUUGAUUGACUUACAUCACCAGAGGCGAAAGUAGCCAGCCAUGCAUUGUCGGUGGGCACAGCGACACGGGUAGCCACACACACACACCCAGUGGCUACCGAGCGAUGCUGGCAAAAAGCUCGCAGCCGUGGUGACCUCGUGCACGGUCACAAAGUGCAACCGAAUGCAUGGACGCAGUCGUGACCACUCGCGGGAGAAGACGGAUUUGUUGUGGAGACCGCCUUGCCCCUCCGAGCGAGCUCGCAUGGUUUAACAAAACCCCUAAUUAUACUUUAGAUACAAGUUAUAACUAGAGUGUUGGGAAAUUAUUAAUAUAUACAAUUGUUGGGGUAGACUCGUGGUGCGGUAGUUAGAUCGAUUUCCACUUCCCGCUAACAUCAGCGGGGAGCGAUAUCUGAACCGGUUCGAAUCUCAGGAGCAAAGUCGAGUUGAGCCUGGAUGGGGGUGGCCACCAACAAGGUGUUAUAGGUUGUGAGGGUACAUUGCAGAGGUCGCAACCGGGUACAAGAUACCCGUACCCUACCCGAUACCCGGCUACCGGUACCCGGCCGGGUACGGGUACCCGUUUGCGACCCUGGUGCGGCCGGGUACGGGUAGACCGUGAGUCACUGGUGAGUAACUGAAUGUCACUCAUUUCCCAACGUCUUGUCUCUUCUCACAAUUCAAGUUCCUAGAAUCAACCCACCCGCGCCUGCAACAUGGCUUCAUCCCAGAGGUCGCAAUCAGGUACCCGAUACCCGUACCCUACCCGUACCCGGCCGGGUACUGGUACGGCCGGGUACGGAUACGGGUACCCGUUUGCGACCCUGGUGCGGCCGGGUACGGGUAAGGAAUCAAAACCCGUUUGCGACCUCUGGUACAUUGUCAGGAGAGUGCAGUGUAGCAAAAUCUCCUGUCCUGUAAUGCUCAGCUGUAAUACUGACCAGCGUGGUGAAGUAUGGUCCAAUCACACCCACGGCAUGGAAAGGCCUUCAUUCAACAGUGUAUUAUCGAGGGGCUGUAAAUUAAAUCAUAAAACCAUCCAUAUGACUACCGAAACGAGCAAUUAUCAAUAACUUCUAUUAUAAAUUAGGUUCUGUAAAGCCAAGUGACAACAGUUUAUUCUACUCUUAUCGAUAAUAAAUCAGUUUACACCACGUACAAAAAAAACUUUGUUAUAACUGAAUGCAGUAAUUCACAGUGCAGUGUGUUUGUGCAAGCAUGGUCCAGUGGCCAAGUGUCAUAAACGCCGUCCUUUCUUAAAUGACGCAUGGGCAUCGAAUAUCAUCCUCGCCAUGAGCAUUCGGCACAGGUGCGGGCAUGCGAGAGGCGUUCGUCUGCAUUGGGCAUGUAAUGAUUCGCUCCAGAAUGUUUUUAAUAUAUAAAAAUGGUCGUUAUUCUAUGUAUUUUAAAUGUUUGAAAUUUUACGAUAUUUUUUGUUUUAUAUUUUUCGUUUUUUUGUUGCUGUCUCGAGUGUGUGUGUGCAGUUUUUGUUUUUAGUCUAAACGCGCCCGAUGUGUAAUUUUCGUAAAAUUUGCAUAAUAUAUUCAAUUAUCGCAGGCACAGUUUGAUUAAUCUCUCAAUGUAUUCAUCAGUGCGCCAUUACAUGCCUAAUCAGCCGGUAAGAAGUGUGAGCCUAAAACGUUCGACAACUCGAAAAGCAAUUACAUGACACACGCUUUGAUAUUUCCUAAGCGGAAGAAGCUAUUUCAAUUCAUUAUUCGCAAACAUGCCUACGACUAAAUUUCGAUUUAAAGCUUUCGUGACUGCAGGGAUUCAUAUUCUUGGAUCUUUCGGUAAAGUCACGUAGGGAAAUAAUACAAAUAAUUUUUAUUAUUUUAUUACUUCCCUUCUACGUGACUUUACCGAAAUAACCAAGAAAGAUCCAAGAAUAUGCCUACGACUCUUCACCCUUAACUCGCCCGGUGGUGACCCUGCACAUGACACUUUGGGUGUCCCUUGUGAAUGUGCCAUCCCGUGUAUUUGGGUGCACUGUGUGAUUAUAACGAGAACGCGGAUCUCUGUGCUCUAAUGCGGCUUUUGCGGAUCUCGGAUUGAGCUCGCAGGCUGCCCAGUGCUUCGGGGGGGACACGGCAUUCAUGGAUUAAUGAUUCAAUUCACCUUGCCUCAUGUUCAUCGACCUGCUUCUGAUGAUGUACCACAGUGCAGCCCCCACCGCGUUGUAAAUAUGUACAUUGUACUGAACAGCAGACCCACUCCAGCUGUUUUAACUUGAAUAAACAAAAAUGUUCUUUA